UUUAUUUUGAAGGCGCUGAGCAGAAGUUGAGUCUGAUGUUUGAACGUGCAGCAGAAAUGGGCCUCAUGUUUACAAGAUAAAAACUCUCCUUAUUAAUUAAUCAGUUAAUUCUACAGUUUGUGGUUUCAUCUCUGAGAUGCCGGAGAUCAAAGUGACGCCGCUGGGAGCCGGACAGGAUGUGGGUCGGAGCUGCAUCCUGGUCUCCAUCGGGGGCAAAAACAUCAUGCUGGACUGUGGCAUGCACAUGGGCUACAAUGAUGAUAGGCGUUUCCCGGACUUCUCGUACAUCACUCAGAGCGGACGGCUCACAGAGUUCCUGGACUGCGUCAUCAUCAGUCACUUCCACCUGGACCACUGCGGGGCCCUCCCCUUCAUGAGUGAGAUGGUUGGCUACGAUGGGCCCAUCUACAUGACCCACCCCACCAAAGCCAUCUGCCCCAUCCUGCUGGAGGACUUCAGGAAGAUCACAGUGGACAAGAAGGGGGAGACUAACUUCUUCACCUCGCAGAUGAUCAAGGACUGCAUGAAGAAGGUGGUUCCUCUCAACCUGCACCAGACCGUCCAGGUGGACGAUGAGCUGGAGAUAAAGGCGUAUUACGCAGGUCACGUUCUGGGAGCCGCCAUGGUCCAGAUCAAAGUGGGCUCCGAGUCCGUGGUCUACACCGGUGACUACAACAUGACUCCUGACCGACACCUGGGCGCUGCAUGGAUGGAUAAGUGCCGUCCUGACGUGCUGAUCUCUGAGUCGACAUACGCCACGACCAUCAGAGACUCCAAACGCUGCAGAGAGAGGGACUUCCUGAAGAAGGUGCAUGAGAGCAUCGAGAGGGGGGGCAAGGUCCUGAUCCCGGUGUUCGCUCUGGGUCGAGCUCAGGAGCUCUGCAUCCUGCUGGAGACCUUCUGGGAGCGGAUGAACCUGAAGGCCCCUAUCUACUUCUCCACCGGGCUGACAGAGAAGGCCAACCAUUACUACAAGCUGUUCAUCACCUGGACCAAUCAGAAGAUCCGGAAGACCUUCGUACAGAGGAACAUGUUCGAGUUCAAGCACAUCAAGGCCUUCGACCGGUCCUACGCCGACAACCCCGGCCCCAUGGUGGUGUUUGCUACGCCCGGCAUGCUGCACGCCGGUCAGUCUCUGCAGAUCUUUAAGAAGUGGGCCGGCAACGAGAAGAACAUGGUGAUCAUGCCGGGUUACUGCGUGCAGGGAACCAUCGGACACAAGAUCCUGAACGGACAGAGGAAGCUGGAGAUGGAGGGCAGAUCCACGCUGGAGGUGAAGCUGCAGGUGGAGUACAUGUCGUUCAGCGCUCACGCCGAUGCUAAAGGCAUCAUGCAGCUGAUCCGCAUGGCGGAGCCGCGCAGCGUGCUGCUGGUGCACGGAGAGGCCGUGAAGAUGGAGUUCCUGAAGGGGAAGAUCGAGCAGGAGUUCAGCAUCGACUGCCACAUGCCGGCUAACGGAGAGACGGCCACGGUGCUGACCAACCCCAGCGUCCCGGUGGACAUCUCUCUGAAGCUGCUGAAGAGGGAGAUGGCUCUGGGGGGGCCGCUCCCCGACCCCAAGAAGCCCCGCACCAUGCACGGGACCCUCAUCAUGAAGGACAACAGUCUGAAGCUGGUCUCGUCGGAACAGGCUCUGAAGGAGCUGGGCCUCAACGAGCACCAGCUGCGCUUCACCUGCAGAGUCCAGUUGCAGGACCAGAAGCCAGAACCAGAGACCCUCAGCAGAGUCUACACACACCUGAGGAGUGUUUUGAAGGGCUCCUCGGUGCAGUUGCUCCCUGAUGGCACCGUCAUGGUGGAGUCCAUUCUCAUCAAGGUGUCCUCCUCACCUGAAGACCCCGACACCAAGACCCUGCUGCUGUCCUGGAGCUACCAGGACGAAGAUCUGGGCAGCUUCCUGUCCUCUCUGCUGAAGAAAGGACUUCCUGCUGCGCUUUGCUGAGAGUCUGAUUCACGUAGUGUCAGUGAACCUCUCACAGGGUCCUGCUCUGGAGGAUUUGGUUCUGACCCAUGUCUUUAUGUCCUGUCUGUCUGAAUAAACGCUUUUAUACACGA